CAGACGGGCAGAGAGAGAGGGAUAGAGACAGCCUGCGCGAAAGAGGAGAGACUCCCCCAGCCCGUCUGCAGCGCCAGCACUCACCAUGAGCUUCCUCCUCUUUGCCAUCUCGGCCCUGCACGUCCUCAUCCUCGUGCUGCUCUUCGUCGCCACUCUGGACAAGUCGUGGUGGGUGCUGCCGGAUGAUGAGACUGUCAAUCUGUGGUACGACUGUCUGUACGACAACAACACCCAGAGCUGGGUGUGCGCCUCUGUUGCUGACAGCCAGUGGCUCCACGCCGUCCAAGCCCUCAUGGUCCUGGCUAUGCUCUUCUCCAGCUUUGCCUUCGUCCUCUUCAUGUACCAGCUCUACACCAUGGAGCGCGGGGGGCUCUUCUAUGCCACCGGCGUCUGCCAGCUCUUGGCCUGUAUCUCGGUGUUCACAGCCGCCUUGAUCUACGCCAUCCACGUGGGCAAAUUUCACCUGGACCGGCAGCCGGGCGGCUCCUUCGGCUACUGCUUCGUGCUGGCCUGGCUGGCCUUCCCCCUGGCGCUGCUCAGUGGCGUCAUGUACAUCCACCUCCGCAAGAGGGAGUGACCCCCACCCCCGUCACAGGGGGGCUGCUCCUGACCAUGGCCCAUGCCAGUGGAGGGGGAGUCACCCCCAGGGGCUGAUCCCUU